AUGGCUUACGGACAGAUAAAAGAACAGUGUACAUUGACCUCUGUAUUUUAUGAAAAUUAUAGUCUUGAUGACACCUAUUCUGCUGAUGAGGAUUUUGAUUAUUCCUUAGUGGAAGAGAAUGAUGUGAUCAUCGAACAUAUUGAUGAUAUUGUUGAUUACCUGGAUUCACACGUCCGAACACGGCAUCGUGACCGAUCGUCUUCCAGCAAUAGUCGCUCUUAUUCCUCAACUAUUAUUAAACUCUUAACAUCAUCUCAAAAACUUUUGCAACAACAAUGUAAACAUCGUCAAAAUCCGCCAAAAACUCAAACAAGAAAAUUUAACCAACGAGCCAAAAGACAAAUCCGAUCAUUAAAAACUAACGACUUAUCGAAAUUAUUUCAAUGUGACUAUGAUUUGAAACAAGAACAAGAGUUAGAGGAAGAAAAACUUCGUCUUAAUGCAGAAAAAAAAGAAAAGGAUGAUGAAAUUGUGCCCGAAAAAGAAACGAUCAUUAGAGAAACUACCGCUAUAGCAGUCAAGUCAGAAUUAGAAAUUAAAAAACGAAAACAAAAAUACCACAAACAUCAUCGGAGACCACCACUGCGUUCACUAUCUGCUCCUUCUCCUGAGACCAAAAAACAGCCCGACACUUUAAAACCUGAACAGUCAGCGAGUUUUAUGGCAUUUCGACGCUAUUUUUAUUAUCACUAUCGUGAAACAAUUCAAACAUCACUAACUUUUUCAAGAGAUGGAAUUACAAUCAAAAAUGUUCGAUUAGUACCACCGAGUGAAAAAAGGUAUUCAACACAGGAAAAGUUCAUGAAAUUCCUGAAUAAAAAUCAUGACGCACAGGAUAAUCGAAAAAUACCAGAUUUGGUCUUUCAUGGAACACAUAUGAACAAUAUGCAGAGUAUAAUUAACUAUGGCCUUUUAGUACCAAACCGAAAAUAUUCCGAUGAUCGUCCAACUAUCGCCGUGAAAAAUGGCAGUGCUUACGGCGUAGGAAUCUACACAAGUACAUCAGCGCAAUAUUCAACUGCCUACACAAAGGGAACAAACACGAUGUUGGUUUGUGCCGCUAUCACUCAUCUGCCAUCGGUAUCAUCAUCAAAGACAACGAUCAGUAAACAGAAGGAAGUACAACAAUGUGGUCACAUUGUAGUUAUAAGGCACGAAGCUCGCAUUUUGCCGUUAUUUCUAAUAGAUUUUCAUCGUAGUUGUAAUCAGAGUGGAUCAAUCAAUCGCUCAAUAUUUCAUUGUGAGAGUAGUAAAACUAUUACUUCGGGGGUUCGACAAACAAAAUUAGCACAGUUGCAGCUAAUGAAAAGACGAAUUGAAACUAAUCCAUUUCGACAAAUCCCAAAACGACAUUUGAGAAAACUACUGGCACACAAGAAUACUAUAAGAUUACAAUUGCGACAAUAUCAGAAACAAAUAAUUAGUUAA